AUGGGCAACUGCGUGGGGAGACAGCGCCGGGAGAGACCGGACGCCCCGGGACACCCCCGCAAGCGAGCAGGACGCAAUGAGCCCCUGAAGAAGGAGCGGCUGAAGUGGAAGAGCGAUUACCCUAUGACGGACGGGCAGUUGCGGAGCAAACGGGAUGAAUUCUGGGACACAGCACCUGCCUUUGAGGGCCGAAAGGAGAUCUGGGAUGCCCUCAAGGCUGCCGCCUAUGCAGCCGAGGCCAACGACCAUGAACUAGCACAAGCUAUCCUGGACGGAGCCAGCAUCACCCUGCCUCAUGGCACCCUCUGUGAAUGUUAUGACGAGUUGGGCAAUCGCUAUCAGCUGCCCAUUUACUGUCUGUCACCACCCGUGAACCUGCUGCUGGAGCACACAGAGGAGGAGAGUGUGGAGCCCCCCGAGCCCACUCCCAGUGUACGCCGCGAGUUCCCACUCAAGGUGCGCCUCUCUACCGGCAAGGACGUGAGGCUCAGCGCCAGCCUGCCUGACACAGUGGGUCAGCUCAAGAGGCAGCUGCACGCCCAGGAGGGCAUCGAGCCGUCCUGGCAACGAUGGUUCUUCUCCGGGAAGCUGCUCACAGACCGCAUGCGGCUCCAGGAAACCAAGAUCCAGAAAGAUUUUGUCAUCCAGGUCAUCAUCAACCAGCCCCCGCCGCCCCAGGACUGA